GUCUAAUUUACAGGCAUUAAAUACACUGAAGGUAUGUAAAAAUCAAUCCACCAAGAAAAACAUUUUUUUAUUGAGAGCUGGUGCCUUUAAGAAGGGCAACAUAAAACAUAUGCAAAAUACAAAUUGCUGCUGGAUUGAUUGCCGAUUACUUGUGAGAGACUUGAAAUAAAACUGCCAAAAGAAAAACAUUCAAGAAGCUAUACCAGGGGGUAGGUAUGGCAAAUAACCAAUACCUUCAACUUAAUAAAGUUCAUCUUUGCAUUCACUGCUCUGCUAAUUGCCUGUGAGCUUUGUAGGUAUGGCUGGUUGAUGGAUCAUUCCCCAUUAGAUCACCUUGGUCUGACUCCAUUAACAGUGAGUCUCCAUAGGGAGCACAGAAGAGCAUGAGGCUGAGCGAUGUACCAGGUCAAAGAGCAGAGACCAGACCAGGACAAAGUCCCAGCACCCAUUGAUCUAAACUCAGCUCUGUUUAAUUGUGUGUCUCCCUGUGGCCUUGGAGCGCUGCCUGAAUACUGACACUCUGAACACCAGUCCAGGGUGCCCUUGGAGGCUUAACAACGGGAUAACCAUGACAGAUUGUUGAAUUCACCGGAAGUAGUUGUAGAUAUCCUUCUGGACGACUUCUUGCUCACGUACCCAGUCUUCAUGUCAACAAGUGAUUUGUGCCAAGCUCUACUCGGACACUUCUGCACCAAGCGAUACCGAGGAAAAGAGGACAGGAAAGAGGUGCUGCAGAGGAAACAGAAAGUCCUUCACUUGGUUUUGCAGUGGAUGACUCUGUGCAAAAGCUUCCUGAGGGACGACCAGCAUGUCAAAGUGUUUCUGAAGACUUUGUACCGUUACGCUUUAGAAGACUUGUAUGAACAUCCAGCUCUGGAGAAGGAUUUGAGGGAACUGCAAGAAAUCUAUCAGAUGCAUCGUCGAAAUACAAGCGAUGAUUAUUCUCCGCACAGAAAGAGCAAAGCAGUGUUCCACCAGUUGAGUUUCAAAGACAAUGGAGUCCAGCCCAGAGCCUCAUACAGGGAGACCAAGGAGGUGCUGUGCCAUGUGUACAUCUCCAUGGAUUCUUACCUGAGCAUCAGGGCCAGUGGAGGCAUCGUGGCACAGGAGCUGCUGCAGGCAGUGGCUGAGAGGAUGGAUGUCCCUCUGGGGGAUCUGGUACUGGUGGCCAUCUCUUACCCUGGAGGUCGACUGCUCCUGCAGCCUCAGGACAAAGUCUUCUCUGAGUCGUUACGGCCAAUUGGGCGGCUACAUGUGUGCAGGAAAGAUCUCGGUGAUGUUCUGAACCCAUUUACAGAUAACUCUGAGCUUCAGCAGAGAACCACACACAUGCUCAGUCUGAACACAUGGGACGUAGCUGUGGCUCUCACAAACUUAGACUGGGUCCUUUUUGACUCAAUUCACGAGCAACAGCUGAUCUACUUCACCUUCAGCCGCAUGGCCAGUAGUGGCCAAACUGUGGCGCUGGAGCUUCUGCUCAAACGCUGUAAUGAGGUGCAGUUGUGGGUGAUGACCGAAGUGCUGCUCUGUCCAACACUCUGCAAACGAGUGCAGCUCAUCAAGAAGUUCAUCAAGAUAGCUGCUCACUGUAAAGCUCUGAAAAACUUCAACUGUUUCUUUGCCAUUAUCAUGGGUCUGAAUUCUGCAGCUGUAAGCCGCCUCACUCAAACAUGGGAGAAAAUACCAGGGAAAUUUAAAAAGUUGUUUUCAGAGCUGGAGACUACAACAGAUCCCUCGCUGAACCACAAAGCUUACAGAGAGUCUUUUAAAAAGAUGAAAGCACCAAAGAUCCCCUUUCUUCUUCUGCUACUCAAAGAUAUCACAUUUAUCCAUGAAGGCAACAAGACAUUUCAUGAUAAUCUGGUCAAUUUUGAGAAGUUGCACAUGAUCGCAGAAGCUGUGAGAAUCAUUCGACAGUGUCAAAAUGACAUGAUGGGAAAUGGCAUCACACAGAAAAGCAGUCCAGAAGUACGAGCAUACGUGGAUUUUCUUCACAUCAUUGACAAUCAACAGACUCUUUUUGAGCUCUCAGUGAAGCUGGAGCCACGUGCUUAAAGGCAUCUUCUACUGUUCUAAUGUCCAAGGAUUACACGUAUAUAAAAGAUAAACUACUGUUACUCAGGACUCUAUGCAGAUAGUGCACUCCCCUCUCUAGCCACAAGAGGGAGCCACCAUACCAGAAUAAUGAAUACACUGAAGUCAGCAAGAGAGACCUGAGGUCAACUACAGCAGUUAUUGUGUUGCCUCUGCAGGGAAAGGAUAAAUAUGAUCCUGAGGUGGAGGUCUUUCAGUAGAAAUAAGUCUUUCCUGCAGUAAACAGCCACAACAGUCAGUCUGAGCUGCACAAUAACAAUUCAGUUUUUCACUUCAUGUUAAAGAAUGAUCUGGGAUGUGCCAGCUGCUUUCAUGUAGGAAGAGGUUUAAGGUAAAGUUUUUUCUGUCCCAGUGGAGAAAUAUGUUCCCUGUGGGUGCUUCUGACCUAGACUAGUUCAGUGAGGGAAUAUGUGUGGAGCAGUGGGUGACUGCAGUACGGUGAAGAGUAUUCUUCAGAGGUGGAUUAUGUUAACAGGAGAACUUGACUGGAGUCAACCUGAGCUGUGGAGAUUCUAAUAAUGUUAGAUUUAAUCUAUUUUUUGCAACAAAAAUAGAAAAAAACAAGGAUUUAUUUAAAUAUGGAGGAAUAAUGAUAAGAUGUGAUAGUUACAUUUAUUUUUCAGGCAAAACAUUUUUAUAGUUAGCUCAAGAGUUUAGGGCAAAUCCUUCUCAUAGCUUAAUUUACCGUAAACAAUUUCCACCAAUUAUACUUUAUCGUCUCCUUGUUUUAGAUCUUAAUCUGCAUAUCUGAGUGAGUACAAUGAUUUUGCUGUAGGACAGUGCUAUAAGUAGUGAUGAACCACUCUGUGUGUGACUUACAAUCAUAUAUUUUGGUGCCAAAUGUGGUAAAAAUAUCAGAUAAUAUCUCAUGAUAGGAUUGAUUUGCUUUUACUGUGGACAAUCAGUGAAAUGAUGCAACACCAUCUGUGUACUGGUAUUAGACAUUUGAUCAACAGCACAUUAUAGGCUACUGUAGCUCCAGCCACUGUUAGAGCUGAUGGAUGAUAGACAUUACAUGGAAAAGUUUUAUGUAUUCGGCCAGAUGUCGUGGAAUUGUAGAACUUUUAUAGUAUUAUUUUGUUGCUUUUCCGAAUGUACUACAGAUUUUGUUUAUUCAGGUUUUGUAAUUUAAGUAUUUUAAGUAUGUACUGUGUACUUUAUUUUGUAAAUAUCCAAUAAUUCUGGAUUGUAUUAUUUAUUUCAGAAUUAUUUAUUUCAUGCAUAAACAUUUUGUCCUCUUGAAUGUAAUGGUUAUGUGCACAGUGUUUGACUGGUCUGCAUGAUGAAGCAAACCAUGGAUUGUCCUUUAAUUUAGUCAGCUGUGUAUGCAAUAAAACAUUGCUUUUGUUUA